GCUGUUGUUGUCAUUCUCAAUGUAACAGUGCAAGAGAAGAGAUAGGACAUUAGUUUGUUAAACAUUGUUCGGUGCCUGCCUGUUGUCAGGUUGUCACCUAGUUAGGCGCCGGUGCAAUUUAUAUCAUUCAGUUGUGGUUGUGAUCAUUUAAUAAUGUGGGCCCCCUUGUUGUUGUUGUGUCUUUGUUCGGGAAUAGCCUCGCAAAAUCUUGACCACCGAUUCUUUUUGAUGCAAAUCAUAGAGAAAUAUGGGCAGAACGGGAGUAUAACCUAUGAGGGAUUUGAACGUCUUUAUAAGAACCUUGGCCUCGGAGAAACUCAUUCCGUUCAUUCUCAUUCUCAUGAACAUGAAUAUCUUGGAAAAAAUAAUCCCACAGAUAACUCAGCUGUUGAAAUUCCUGAAAACAAAAGCCUUCUUUCCCGCUCUGGCCGAGAGAUAGAUUCGCCAGUGGCAAAAGACAGAUCAGAAGAGGAGCUGGAGACGUUAGUUGAUGCACAUGAGGAGGUGACGGUGAUUGCCCCACCUAGCAACACAGGAGAAUCCCCAAAAUGCUUGGCCCCCGCUCAGAUACUUGCUGUCUAUGGUGUUCCCCGUAGUAGUGAAGGUCUCAGUCCCGUCAGAUUCCUCCAUCUCUGCCCAGCUAUUAUAUAUCAACUGGACCAACACUCUUGUGAUAGUAGCAAAGCUGACAUCUCCGCAGAGGAAAACAUCGUCCUUUCUCACACCAAUUGGUUGUAUGCCGUGCUGUCCAUCCUUGUCAUCAGUGUUUCUGGUUUUCUGAUUGUUGGAAUCAUACCACUUGUACACAAGGCAGUUAUAGAUCAGCUCAACUGUUUCCUGGUUGCUCUCGCUGUGGGAACUCUGCUAGGUGAUGCCUUCAUUCACCUCCUUCCUCAUGCAUUGGAGUCUCACAAUCAUGAUGAACAGCAUAGUCACACGGAUUCUAUUAAGAAAACUGGAUUCAUGUUCUUAAGUGUUGUCAGCUGGUUUUUUGUACAAACUAGUGUGACCUGGUAUAAAAAUAUGAAGGCAAAGGAGGAAAUACAAGAGAAUGCAAACUACAUACCCGUCAACACCACUGAUAAUGAUAACCAAAUGGAAAAAGAAAUGAUGCAAUUGGGUGAAGAGGCCAGUCCCAACUUCAAAGUCAAAGGUCACAGUCACUCAAAGUCAAAUUCCAACUCGAAAUCAAACUCCCCGAUUGCCAUGAUGAUGGUGUCAGGUGAUGCUAUUCACAACCUCAUUGAUGGUCUGGCCAUUGGGGCAGCCUUCAGUGGAGGGUUAGCUCCAGGGUUUGCAACAGCUGUGGCAGUCUUCACACAUGAGCUGCCUCACGAACUAGGUGAUUUUGGAGUUCUUCUACAGUCAGGGAUGCCAGUAAGGAAAGCUCUGAUGUACAACAUUGUCUCAUCAGUAUUGAGCCUGAUUGGAGCGAUCAUCGGACUGUUUGUAGGCAACAUUGGGGACAUCACUCGCUGGAUCUAUGCAUUCACAGCUGGUUCCUUCAUCUACCUCGCCUUGGCUAUAUUGGUACCUGAGAUGAACAAAGAGAAGACCAGCUUGUCCAUGAUAUUUGUAAGAUUGGCCGGAAUCUUAUGUGGAGGUGGUCUGAUGUGUUGCAUUGCACUUUACGAGCAGGACAUGCACAAUUUGUUUUUAUAAGUAAUAUUACGCCUUUAUCAGUGAUAGUAGACUAGAAUGUCUUCAGUUAACAUAAGCACAGAAUAAAGACCUUACCUAACACCCCUAAAUACAAAAACCGUUGCUUUUGAAUUUGCUAGUAGGCCUCUGGCACGUGCAAAAAGUGUGACUGCAAUCGCUUGGUGUAAAAUACUAAAAUAAUUAAAAAAACUCUGUGAAUUUUAGGUCAAUUAUGUCAAUAAUUAUGAAAAAGAAAAAAAAGGAGUAUAAAUACUAAUACUGUAUUAUUGAGAUUUUUGUUAGUGAGUAUUGUUGGGAUGCUACUUUUUUGUUAGGGGCCCUCUGAAUGUUGGCACUGGGCCCACACCAUCCAAAACCAGCCCUGGUUGGCCGCUAGGUCAGACGUGGAGGAGAGAGAACUGAUGUUACUACACCGUUACUAUCAGCUAACAAGUGAAAUUAAUACUAUGAAAAAUCACUGCGACAGCAGGGCUCUUAGAUUCUGGUGUAGAUACUAGCAGAUUCAAACACAACAUUACUCUUGUCUCAGUAAGAGAAUUAGGUUAGGUCUGAAAUAAGUGACCCAGAUAUUAAAACAGAAAAUCAUUUUAUAAUAUUUUUAGAAAAAGCUGCUAGUCUGUCUUGUAAUUUAAUUGUAUUUAAUUUUCUUUAAUAUGCCAGAAGUAUUAACGAUUCAAGUAGGUAUACUGUUUUACUUUUCAGAACUUAGAAACAGUUUUAUACAUUUUAAAGAAGUUAAGGCUGGGAAAUAAAGCUAUGCAUUUUUUGAUAAUUGAAUUAAGAUCAUUCUGUCUAUUAACAACUGCUACAUCCAGAUGUGAAAAGAAAUACUCUAUUAACUCAUUAAAAAGCCAAAUUUUACUUAUUGAUAAUCAAAAUAUUUAUAAACUAGUUGCAGAUGAAAAUUCUUACUCG